AUGAGUGGGAAGCUAUGGACAGAGGAGCAGUUUAACUGCCCGGUGUGCCUGGAUCUCCCAAAUGAUCCAGUCACCAUCCCCUGUGGGCACAGCUACUGCAUGGCCUGCAUCAAGGAUUACUGGAGCAAGGAUGACCCCAAGGGGAUCUACAGCUGCCCCCAAUGCCGUCAGACCUUCUGCCCCAAGCCCACCCUGUCCAGGAACACCAUGCUGGCUGAAGCUGUGGAGCAGCUACGCAAAGGUGCCCGCAUGUCUGAUGUAAGAGAAUCUAUGCGAAGUGCCCGUGGGGUUUCCUCUUCUUCAUCUGGAUCUAAAUGGAAGUUGUCCUCAGCAGCUGUGCCAUGCGACAUGUGCAAAGGAAAACAGAAGGCAGCAGUCAAGAGCUGUCUGGUGUGUAUGAGCUCAUACUGCGAAUCUCACCUGAAGCCCCACCAGACCCAAAAGGCCAUGAAAAAACACGAGCUGAUUGCCCCCACAAGCAAUCUGUCUGAGAAGAUCUGUACCCAGCACAAGUACCUGCAGGAGUUCUUCUGCCGCCAGUGUAAGAUGUAUAUCUGCUGGCUGUGCACAAGCAACCAACACAAAGGCCAUGAGAGUGUGUCCACCAAGGCAGAGCGCUUGGAUAAACAGAAACUGCUGUCAGAGAUUCAGACAGAGAACCAGCAGAGACUGAAAAGGAGAGAGCAGGAGCUGAAAGACAUGAAGAAGAUGAUGGAGAUGAUGAAGCGCUCUGCAAGCAGGGUACAUGAUGAUACGGAGAAGGUGCUGGCUGAGCUGCAGCGCUCGGUGGAGCGUCUGCAGGAACUGCUGGAGGAGGUGAUGGAUGAGGUUGGCCUGGAGAAGAUGGGCCAGGCCCAAGAAGUGGUCGACAGCCUGGAGGCUGAGAUCAAGGAGCUGAAGAGGAGGGACACUGAGAUGAAGGACCUGGUCCGCUGUGAAGACCACAUCCACUAUCUGCAGACAUACGAGUCCAUGUGCAGUCCCCUGGAGUCAGGGGACCUGCCCCCUGUGAAUGUCAAUCCAGAAGCUUCCUUUGAGCCUGUUCGGGACACCAUCCUGGACCUCAGGGAGCAAGUGGAGGAACUGUGCAACCAGGAACUGGGCAAGAUCACCAAACAAGUCAAUGACACAACUCUGUUUACUCUGGGUGACACAGCACCCACUGCCUCCGUUGGAACACGGAGCACUGACAGACGAGGACUGGGUUUAGGCUAUAAAAGUUAUGAUGUGAGGAGCAGAGACACACCACGAGUGAGAGAGGCCAACUCCAGACCAAGCCCCAGACCAAGCCCCAGCCCCACUCUCAGCCGCAGAGAGUCCCAGUCUCUCUGGAGCAGGUCCAGUCAGAGCCAGGCUGCCCAUGCCACACCCCCGAAUCCUACCCCUGCCCCAGUGCCAGUUCCUACUCCUGCACCAGCACCAGCUCCUACUCCUGCCCCAGCACCAGCAUCAACUGGAGGUUUCAGUCGGAUGGCAUCGAUCAGCAGUCUCUUCCGCUCCCAUCGCCGUGGCACCACCCCAGCUACCCCCAUCAGCCAAGCUACCCCAGCCAACAACACACCAUCUGCAGGAGUAAACCUAUGGGGGAUGGCUGCUCUGUCUGAAACACCAACAGAAGUUAACCCUAGCCUGUUCUUGGAUUCACCCACCCCUAACUCCAUGAAUCAUGCUCCUGCUUUCCCUGCAUUGAGAGAAAUUAACAUUGACAGCAUUCAGGCCCCAGAGCCAAGGACCAGAGAGGAGUUCCUACAAUACUCUGUGACCUUGACCCUUGACCCUAACACAGCCCACAGACGCCUGACUCUUUCAGACAACAACACUAAGGCCACCCUGCAGGGGGCGGCGCAGCCCUACCCUGACUCUUCACAGCGUUUUGACGGCUGGACCCAGGUGAUGUGCCAGAGCCCGCUGUACGCCCAACGCUGUUACUGGGAAGUGGAGUGGCGAGGCAGAGGAUCCUCUAUGGGUGUAGCCUACGGUGCAUUGAACAGGAAGGGCUCAGACGCAAGGGCAGGGCUGGGCUACAAUGCCCAGUCCUGGACCCUGGAGCUGUCAGACACCUGCUGCUCAGCCAUGCAUGACAAUGAGAAGAAGGACAUACCGGUCACCUACUCCCCCCGUCUGGGCAUCUACCUGGACCUGUCCACGGGGACGCUGGCAUUCUACAGCGUGGCAGAAAGCCUGACACACCUUCACACCUUCCGUGCUAACUUCACCCAGCCGCUUUACGCUGCCUUCGGGGUGGGAAGUGGAGUUGGGGUGGGUCUGGACUUUGCCCUUGGCCAGUUCAGCUCCAGCUCUGACAGCAUCAAGAUCUGUCCCAUGUGA